AUGGCCGGAAUAAUCCGUUCUACGGCAGCUGGACGAAAUGUGGUUGCGCUAUUAACCAACAAAUCUGUGGACCUCACAUGCUUCCGGUGUGCCAGCUCGAACCGUGUCAAACGCAUCAAAAAGCCAGAAAUCACCAAUCGCGAUGCGAAUCAGGCCAAAGCGGCAGCAAUGCGCGCGGAAGUAGAAGAACAAAGUGUGCUGUACGAAGGCAAACGAUUCGAAUCGGUCGCACAGUCGCUUUCCGCACGAGGAUAUCUACGUGCAAUAAAGCCCUACACACCACCCGAAAAUGUCAGCGAACAGGUGCUAAACAUUGCGAAAGAUAAUAAAUUGAAUGAUCCUAAGCAGCCGUUCAGUGGGAAGGAACAAAAGUUUUCUUUCCUGUCAGCUUGCGGCAAAGCAUUCGGCCAUUGGGUACCGAAUUCGGUGCUGCACGAAUUGCAAACCGUCGACGAUGCAAUUGUGUUUUAUCAAACACCGAUCGACACAAGACUUCCGCUUGAUGCGAUUAAUUCUGUUGAACUGCCGGAAAACUUGCAUAUUCAGCAAGAGUACAUUCGGUUCCACCCGGAAACGGACACAAUGUUCGGUGGUAAAUCGGCCUUCCCCAAGAGCUCGACGGUUGUGACCGGGUUAAAGUACAAACAGAAAUAUCGUGGCCAUGAGGCAAAGAAAUCGUGGCCGUAG